GGCCGCACCCUCGAGCGAAGCCCCCCGUUUCUGUCCCACCCCGACUCCGCCUUCGCCUCGGCGUCGCGCGCGCGAUAUAAAUUCCGCGCCCGAUUAACCGCAUCCCACACCAAACAGCACAAUCUCAGUAUCGGAAUCAUCUCACACUCUCCUCUAAAUCCUCCCAAUAAAUCGAUCCAUCGAAACAGUUCGCUCUCGAUUGAUUUGAUUUGAUUUGUUGUCUGCUCGUCUGCUGCGAAGAUCAAUGGAGGCCGCCACGGUUGUCGCUGCUCCGAUUCCGGCGGCGGAUGCUGCCGCCAAGGCGCUGGAGAAGAAGCUCCUUGACCUGGAGUUGCCGCCGUUCCCGGCGCCGGCGAAGAAGGCCGCCGCCAAGGUGGUCGCUGCUGCUCCCAAGAAGAAGCUCGCCGGCGGCGCCGGCGGGUACGUCCUCGAGGACGUGCCCCACCUCACCGACUACCUCCCCAACCUCCCCUCCUUCCCCAACCCCCUCCAGAACCACCCCGCCUACUCCGUCGUCAAGCAGUACUUCGUGAACGCCGACGACACGGUGGCGAAGAAGAUCGUGGUGCACAAGGGGAGCGCGCGGGGGACGCACUUCCGGCGAGCCGGGCCGCGGCAGCGGGUGUUCUUCCAGCCCGACGAGGUGUCGGCGGCUAUCGUCACCUGCGGCGGGCUGUGCCCGGGCUUGAACACCGUCAUCCGCGAGCUCGUCUGCGGCCUCCACGACAUGUACGGCGUGACGAGCGUGGUGGGCAUCGAGGGCGGGUACCGCGGGUUCUACGCGCGCAACACGGUGGAGCUCACCCCGCGCUCCGUCAACGGCAUCCACAAGCGCGGCGGCACGGUGCUCGGCACGUCGCGCGGCGGCCAGGACACGGGCAAGAUCGUCGACAGCAUCCAGGACCGUGGCAUCAACCAGGUGUACAUCAUCGGCGGCGACGGCACGCAGAAGGGCGCGGCGACGAUCCACGCCGAGGUGCAGAGGCGCGGGCUCAAGUGCGCGGUGGUCGGCGUCCCCAAGACGAUCGACAACGACAUCGCCGUGAUCGACCGCUCGUUCGGGUUCGACACCGCCGUGGAGGAGGCCCAGCGCGCCAUCAACGCCGCCCACGUCGAGGCCGAGAGCGCCGAGAACGGCGUCGGCGUCGUCAAGCUCAUGGGGCGGAACAGCGGCUUCAUCGCCAUGUACGCCACGCUCGCCAGCCGCGACGUCGACCUGUGCCUCAUCCCGGAGUCCCCCUUCUACCUCGAAGGCAAGGGCGGCCUCCUCGAGUUCGCCGAGAAGCGGCUGCGCGAGAACGGCCACAUGGUGAUCGUCGUCGCCGAGGGCGCCGGCCAGGACGUGAUCGCCAGGAGCAUGCGCCUCGCCGACGCGCACGACGCGUCGGGCAACAAGGUGCUCCUCGACGUCGGCCUCUGGCUGUGCGCCAAGAUCAAGGAUCACUUCAAGAAGAAGGCGAAUUUCCCCAUCACGCUCAAGUACAUCGACCCCACGUACAUGAUCCGCGCCGUGCCGUCCAACGCCUCCGACAACGUCUACUGCUCGCUGCUCGCCCACAGCGCCAUCCAUGGCGCCAUGGCCGGGUACACCGGCUUCACCGUCGCACCCGUCAAUGGCCGCCACGCCUACAUCCCCUUCUACAGGAUCACGGAGAAGCAGAACAAGGUGGUCAUCACGGACAGGAUGUGGGCGAGGGUGCUCUGCUCGACGAACCAGCCGUGCUUCCUCAGCACGGAGGACGUCGAGAAGGCAGGGCAGGACGACGAGGAGCCGAUCGUGCCGCUCGUCGAGGGCGAGAACUCGCUCGUCAAGGCGCCGCCGCUGCUGGCCAACGCCGGCGAUCGCGCCGCCCUCUGCAACGGCGCCGCCUGAAGCUUGAAGAAGUAGCUACACGAAGAAGACGAUCACACGGCCAUGUUUGGUAGUGCGAAAUUCACAGAAAUGUUUAUGUAAUUGUAGGAUUUUUUUUUCUUUAGAUUCUUUUUGCUCAUUCAUUUUUCGGCUUGCCGGUAUAGAGGAAGUAUUGACAAAAUGAGAAUAAUUGAAAGUUUAUGUGGCAAUUGUUUGCAAAAAUUUUGUUUGUUUAUUUAGAGGUAUGUAUUCCCGAAAUUUGCAUCCAUAA